AUGAGAGUACAAUUUGGUCGACACAUAGCAAGCGCUGCUUCGAAUCGAACGAAAAACACUGCACUGUUUCGGUUCUGCAGACUGAGGAUUUUAAAGCUUCUCUUACUGUUCGGCAUAAUUGUUCUCCUCCUUUUAAUAGCAGUUCACGUCAACAGUAAAACAGACGUUUCUAUAUUACCUGUUGGCUAUCAAAAAGAAGUCUACAUUCACCGUCCUCAUGUGGGGUCAACGAGGAUUGGUAUCCGAUACAGAAAAGGCGACAAAACCACAGCAAACAUACAAGCCCAUCAUAAUAUUAACCCCAACAGUGAAAAAUAUAUAAAGAACAACAUUAAUGAGCGCCCGAGGAUUAAAACUACAGAAACUUUACAGGACAAAGAACACUGCCUCAGCUGGUGUCCAAAAAAAACAACUUCAAAUGGCUUGUAUUUUUUGAGCGCGGUUUUACUCGUGCGAAUCUACUCCAGCGAUUUAGCCAAGCUUAGCACCCGUGAGCUCAUUCAGUGGCUUUAUUACUUGAGUUACGCCGGCUUUGAGCACGUUUAUAUCUAUGAUGCUUACGUUUUUAAGAACGAGUCUCAAAAGGACGCACUCGAUUUUUUUAUAAAACAAGGAUUUGUGACCUAUGUCGAUUGGAGCCACAAUGCAUUCCCUUAUACAGUGACUAAAACGCAAGAAAGCGCAUAUCAAGAUUGCUUGAACAAGUGGGGUAACUUAUCUACAUGGCAAGCUAGCAUUGAUAUCGACGAAUAUCCAUUCUGUCCGCAAGACACCAAACCUAAUUUCAUGCAACGAUUUAUUACUAAUUUUUCUGAACAACGACCAGAUGUUUCCCAAAUUACAAUGCAAAAUUUCCUUUUUCUUGGGAAACCAUUGGACGAUAGGCAACAUCCGCUACUAAUCGAUCGACUUAAGCGUAGAACUCACGGCCCAGCAAACGCUCUGGUCAAACCAAUUUACAAGACAGAAGAUGUGUCAAUAACUCACGUUCAUCACCAUGACUUGAAAAAAGGAAAAUCAGAAGACGCUGAUUUUUACAGGAUAAGACUAAAUCAUUAUUGGGGAGCCAGGCUUCAGAACUGGGGCGAGGAUACAGCAGAGAUCCUCGAUAAAACCAGAGAAGAUAUCACAAUGGAAGACAUUGUUAAAAAUCUAGCACAAUGCACUGAAGUUUGCUUACCAGGCGAAUCACUGAUUUAUAAGUUCCGAUGGAAUUAA